AUGCUCCUCUUCCGGUACAUUGUCGGUGUUGUGGUAUUUGUGCUCGAGGUGCAGGGGGCGAUAAUUCGAUCUCAUGGCAACGUCCUGGCUCCACGACAAUCGCAACUACCAUCUCUAUCAACAUGUUCGCAAUCCUGCAUUGCACAGGGCUUGCCAGCAUCGGGCUGCGAUCCCAAGGACGUAGCAUGUCUUUGCACCAGCGUGCCGUACACCAAUGCGGUCACGGCUUGCUUGACUGCCAACUGCACAGUGGUUGACUCCCUGGAGGCAAGAAGAUACUCUGCAAUCACCUGCGGAGAACCAGUCCGUGAUCACAGUGAACUUACCAAGCGAGUAUCCUGGACGAUGUUCACACUCGCUACGAUUGGCCUCAUCUCCAGAUUCUUGUCCCGACUUCCAGCUUUAAACGGCAGCGGCUUUGGCUGGGACGAUUGGACUAUUCUCCUCUGCUGGAUCUUGCUGAUACCUUCUGAUGGUAUACUCACCUCCAUGGCUGAUACUGGGCUCGGGCAGGACAUCUGGAUAUUGUCCGACCCAAAUCAUCAAAUUACCAAGAUCCUGUACCUCUUUUAUGUGUCGGAGUACACGGGAACGUGCGUCAACCUGAAUGCUCUGAUCUUCGCAACCGCGGCGAUCAACAUCAUCCUCGACUUUGCCGUCAUUCUCCUCCCGAUUCCGAAGCUAUGGUCGCUCUCCAUCGCCACGAGGAAGAAGGUCGCCGUAUGCGUAACUUUCUGCAUCGGCCUGUUCGUCACGCUGUGUUCGAUUAUCAGACUGAGGACAUUGGCCGUUUGGGGCAGCGCACCGAACGUGACCUGGCUAUACAACCCCAUCGCCAUAUGGAGUAACACAGAGAUCAACCUGGGCGUGGUGUGUGCUUGUAUGCCUGCCAUUGCUGGUCUGAUCCAACGUUCUUAUACUCUGACUACUGGGAAGAAGUUCAGUAGUUAUGGUCGACAUUCAGCAAUGUUGAGGAGUGGAGGGCAGAAUGAGGACCGCAAUUACGAGGUCCGAUUGAACUCAUUCUCUGAUGGGUCGGCCAAAUACCAUGGUUACAACGAAGGUCGUCUGCUGAGGCAGGUCGGCCCACUACUGGAGGUGAUCCAGACAUGGCGACUCGAGACAUGA